AUGCCGCCUCUGCUUAAAUUUAAAAGGCACGGGAGGAGGGAGGGAAGAAAGGGUGAAGGCAGCAGAAACGAGACACAUAGGAGAGGCAGCGAGAGCGGGCUAAGUCUAGAGCAGCACCUGCCGUCCGCGCACUCGGCAGGGCCGGGGGCAGACGGCAGCGAAGAGCCGAGCAGCAAGCGGGGCAGCGCUGGGCUCCCGGGAAGGCGGCCCCAGCAAGGGGCCGGGCCGCGGCGGCCCUCACCCACACCCGGCGACGGCCCGGGCCCGCGCGCACCCCCAGCGGCCCCGGCCCAGAGCGAGGGGAUUUUCGCGGCCUCCCGCUCAGCAGCGGCCCGCGCGCCGCCUCCUCGCGCCACCCAGCGCGGCCCGAGGGGCUCCAGGCGGCACCGCCCCGCGGUCUCCCACAGGAAGCCCGGAUGGGACCCGCCGCCUCUCGGCCGCGGCUUCGGCCUCGGCUCCCGCUCCCCCCGGCCCACCGACACCGAACCGCCGGGCCGGGAGACGACGCUCGAGUUCUCGGCGAGCCACAGGCCUCGCGGGGUGAGCCGGCCCGGCGGCUCGCGAAAGACGCCGAUAAAGGUUUCCCCGCGCCUCUCCCACCCCCGUCGCUCACCUCGGCUUUGCGGAGCCCCUUCACCAGAGCUGACCUCUCCUCAGCGCCGCGGGAAGGCGGAGGAAGAGGCGAAGCGGCGGCGGCGGCCCGAGCGCCGGAGCAGACGGCGGCCAGCGGCAUCCAUGGCGCUCCGCCCGCUACUUCACUGCUGGACAAGUCAGGGCUGAUUGACAGUCUUUUUAUUUCCUGAUGAAUAAUGGACAUGGCAAAACAGAACAAGCACAGUGGCCCGCCUCUGGCCUCCCACCUUCAUGGGAGACUGUCUUGUUUCACUUGUCUGGGGCACUUUGCCCUCCAGCACUUCUCCUGAGCAGAAGUCACUGACUGAGUCACAGCUGGGUGUUGUCUGGCUGAAGUUUCCUACCAUCAAGUUUCAGAAAAAACUUGUGACCUGCAAACUUGACCUAUAUAAACAGAAGGUUUUUCUGUGCAGUAAGUGAACAGUUUGGCACAAAUAGUAAUAUGCCUAUGGAGAACUGCUCUACUAAGUCUGGAACUCAUCAUCAUGAUUUGUUUCCUUCUGCGAGUGCUGCCAUUCACUAAGCAGCCAGAACACAGGCGCAGAGGAUAGAGAUUAAAUGCCACUGUCUGCCUUCUGGAGUCUGAUUCUGCAGUUCAAAUUAUAUUCAGCUACAGACCAGUGCUCACUACAGAUUUGACUGCAAUGAAGAUGUGGAACAAAACAUUUGGUUCUCCAGGGAAAAUGGAAGGCAUCUCAGCCAUCUUCUCAUAGAUCACCUAUACCAGCAUUUGGCACAGAACAGGUAUGUACAUAUAUAAUGCAUAUCUCCCUGAUCCCCUUUACUUACCAUUGCGUUGAGCAGAACAGAGGAAGGCCUGCCAUGUGGUCACAAACUUCGGUGCAUCUGGCCAUGACCUGCCUUUCUAGUUUCCAUGCAGCAGCAUGCAAACAUUUCUUUAUGUUACGGAAGUCCUUAGAGUUCCUCUGCUAUUGAGUAAAAUGACUAAGACAAAUCUUAAAUGAAGAAAAUUAGCUUUAUUUAUGUAAAUUAGAAAAAUGAAUUGUUAGAGCUUUGGUCAAAUGGUUAAUUCUGUACAAUUUACAAUUAUAUUUAUAUACAAGACUUAAUAAAAUACAGUACAUCACA